CGUCGUCCCGUCGAGGCUGAGCUGAAGCUGAAGCUGUAGCUGUAGCUGUAAACCGCCGUGUGUUUUUUUUUUCCUGGUGAAGAUGGCUGCGGGUCCUCUCUCUGUAUCGUCCAACGCGUCUACAAACAACGAUGGCAUUCUCAUUGGGGAUAAAGUUUACUCAGAAGUGUACCUCACGAUCGACAACUCGCUCAUACCGGAGGAAAGGCUCUCCCCGACGCCGUCGAUGCUUGACGGCCUCGACCUGAACACGGAGACCGACCUUCGCAUCCUCGGAUGUGAACUGAUUCAGUCAGCGGGUAUUCUUCUCCGGUUACCCCAGGUGGCUAUGGCAACGGGGCAGGUGCUUUUCCACCGCUUUUUCUACUCCAAGUCCUUCGUCAAACACAGCUUUGAGAUUGUUGCUAUGGCUUGUAUCAACUUGGCCUCCAAGAUUGAAGAAGCUCCGCGGCGAAUACGAGACGUCAUCAAUGUUUUCCACCACCUCAGACAGAUCAGAGGCAAAAAGACUCCAAGUUCAUUGAUACUUGAUCAGAACUACAUAAAUACCAAAAACCAAGUCAUCAAAGCGGAACGGCGGGUCCUGAAGGAGCUGGGUUUCUGUGUCCACGUCAAGCAUCCACACAAGAUUAUCGUCUUGUACCUCCAAGUCCUGGAAUGUGAGAAGAACCAGACGCUGGUCCAGACGGCCUGGAACUACAUGAAUGACACCCUGAGGACAAACGUGUUUGUGAGGUUCCAAGCAGAGACUAUCGCCUGUGCCUGCAUAUUCCUCGCUGCCCGUGCUCUGCAGAUACCUUUGCCAUCCAGACCUCAUUGGUUCCUGCUGUUCGGAGCCACUGAAGAUGAGGUCAAAGAGGUCUGCAUCACCACCCUUAAACUCUACACCAGGAAGAAGCCUAACUAUGACCAGAUGGAGAAGGAGGUUGAGCGGAGGAAGGUGUUCUUGGCAGAAGCUAAGCUGAAGGCCAAGGGCCUGAACCCUGAUGGUACCCCUGCACUGUCCACACUGGGUGGCUUCUCUCCUGCUUCCAAGCCAUGCUCCCCAAAUGUGGCCAAGGUUGAAGAGAAGUCCCCAAACCCGCAGACCCUCAAACCAGUUAAGAAGGAGCCAGACAACCGGACUCAGGUCAACAAGAGUCCACACAAUGGCUUAAGGAAAGAGGUGAAGAUUGGGAGGAACAGCAGGAGUGGAAGUCGGUCUCGCUCGAGAACGCGUUCCCGAUCUAGAUCCCGCUCCCCUCGCAGACAUUACAACAGUAGACGCAGUCGCUCAGGGACUUACAGUUCUCGCUCACGUUCUCGCUCUCACAGUCGUAGUCCAUCACCUAGGCGACAUCAGCCCUCGCCCCUCCUCCCCCACCUCAAGUCCAAGACCAGCCACCAUGGCAACAGCGACUCCAAGUCCAGCGGACGCCACAGCAACAGCGGAGGAUCUGGUCACAAGAGAAAGCGCUCACGUUCUCGGACACGGUCCCGCACUCCAGUCAAAGUCGACAGGGACCGUGACAGAGAGAGGGAACGGGAGAGAGACAGAGACCGCACCUCCUUUGACCUCUCUUCAAAGAAACACAAACAUGAGCGAGGAACUGGUCAUCGAGGAGAACGGAGGGAGAGGGAGAGAUCUCGGUCCUAUGACAGGGACAGAGAGAGGGAGCGUAGCCACAAGAGCAAACACCACAGCAGUAGUGGACACUCAGGACAUAGCCGUCACCGGCGCUGAGACACACGCACACACACCAACAGACUAGCUCUAGGACUGAUAGUCACUAAAGUAUUUUCAGUAUACUCAAAACCAAAUCAGAUCGGUGUGUUCUAGUAACAUGAGUCAUGUCAGCAGACACAUUGUGCACGUUCUUCAAAGGGUUGCGUAUAAAGUUGUUACAACUCAUAUUGGAAGUAAAGCCAAUAUCUGCAACCGGUCAGAUGACUGCUGACAUGUCUUAUGAGUUGGUGACUAAUUAAAAAACCCAUCAAUAUAGUCCGCUGUCAAAGCCAAAUGAUACAUGUCUGAACACAGUCUGAUUUCAUUUUGAGUAUAUUACAAGCCUACUUGGGUUUCUGGGUUUCUCAUAUGCAUCCUGAAACUGACCAUUGGAACUAUAUAAUUUACAGGAAUGUUUAUUCUCUUCAACCUUUAAUUUUGUUGGCCUAAACCAAAUUACGCUUCAGUUUUGUUAUUAUGAAAAUGUCACUAUGAAUAACUAUUAAAGCCUCGACAUUGGAGGCAUUUAUGGAACAAUGUUAAAAUGUCCUGAAUCCUACACAUAGCUUCUGCAUGCACAAACGUCUUGGUGACAGAUCAUCAUUGCUUCGACUGUCAUCUACACAACAGCCUCACCUGUAGCUGAUAUUUGGCAGAGGUGGUUGGUGUGUUUUUGUAGAUUAAAACGUGUGCAUCUGAGAUACCCAGGCUGCAGCAGUAACUACCAGCAUGCAGUGUGACUGUUUGUAGGUUUACUAGGCAUUUUUUUUACCCACCUGGCCAGACAUGAUUUGUGGUUGAGGGAAUGCACCAGUGCAGUGUGACAUCAGUCCCAGACCUGUCUGUCUCCUCCACCUAUGAGUUUCUUUCUUUUCCCAUGAUACCCACACACCACUACCAUCCCUUUAGCCUACCCUUGUGUUCUUGGUUUUACAUGUAAAGUUAUGGACUUUCGGAAAAAGAAACUUAUUUACAGUGUAAAGAUGGAUUGAUAUCCGCUGACAAUAUGUGAACGCUUUGAUUUAUAAAAGCAAACUGCUCAGUGGGAGGAUUGAAUGGAUAAAUGUAAAAUAAAAGCGAUCAUUCAGGAAAGAUCAAUAUGUUUGCACAUUAAGGGACUGGCAGGUGAGUGGUUUUUGUUUCCUUUUUUGUUUCCUUUUUUGGACAGAUGUAUGUUGCUAAAGCUGUGUUUUGUACAGUUAAAAAAAAAAAAGCAAACCGGUUAUAGAUGUAUGUUUUUCCCUUUUUUUUCCUUUUUUUUUUUACAGCAGGGGAUGCAGACUUGAUUCAGAAAAUUUUAGGGUCGUCAAUUUGUUAAACUGGUUUUUAGUCUGCACGUGUUCAUGUCCAGUUUUUAUUUAAUAAUAAAUGAGUUAUACCACUGAA